UGAUGACUUUUAGGAAUAUUUCUACAUUCAGUCUCUUUUUCAUUCUGAUUGUCUUCCAUGUAGUUCGGCAGUUCUCACAGAGGAUUUCGAGAAAAAAGCCUUGGAGCGUUUAAAAGCGGAGAAAUUGGAACAGGCAAUAAAAAGUGGUCAAAAGCCAAAAGAAGAACCUAAGGUAAAACGAGAAAUGUUGAAGGCCAGAGAUUAUAAGGUUGAUCUGGAAUCUAAACUCGGCCGUUCAGUGGUUAUCAACAAAACAACUCCUGCAGCUGAAACUGGUGGAUAUUACUGUGAUGUGUGCGAUUGUGUAGUCAAAGAUUCCAUCAAUUUUCUUGACCACAUCAAUGGUAAAAACCACCAAAGGAAUAUGGGUAUGUCUAUGAAGAUUAGAAGGAGUACAUUGGAAGAGGUGAAAGAGCGGUUCAAGUUGAAGUUAGCUGAAAAGGAACAAGAGAAGAAACAAAAAAAUUUGGAAGAAAUACUGGGAGACGUCUGUGAAGAAGAAGCAAAAAUGAACGAUUAUAAGAAGGAAAAGAAAGCUGAACAAAGGAAACGAAAGCUGAUUGAAUCCGCUCCAGACGAAGGGAUUGAUCCUGAACUUCAAUCAAUGAUGGGAUUCGGCGGAUUUGGGACAACUAAGAAGAAGUGA